AUGGAAGAAGGUAAUCAGACCUCAUUGCCUAAGGAAUUUAUCUUAAUGGGGCUCACAAACCAUAGUAUGAUACAAGUUGCACUUUUUGUGGUGUUUCUUAUGAUUUACGCAGCAGCCAUGAUGGGUAACCUGCUUAUUGUUGCUCUGGUCAAAGCCGAUGCUCGCCUUCACACACCAAUGUAUUUCUUUCUCUCCAAUUUCUCCAUCUUGGAGCUUUGCUAUACUUCAACGGUAGUGCCCCAGAUGCUGUUUCAGAUGCUGUCUGGAAAAAAGAGCAUCCCACUAAUCUGCUGUGUCACACAACUGUACUUCUUCCUUUCAUUUGGGAUUGCAGAGAGUUUUUUUCUCACUGUUAUGUCCUAUGACCGUUACGUUGCCAUUUGCCUUCCACUGCACUAUAGCAUCACAAUCACCAAGUGGACAUGUGUUGCAAUGGCCACUGCUUCUUGGGUGGGUGGCUUCCUUUUUUCUGCUAUCAACACCACAUUCACUAUGAAACUAUCCUUUGGUAGCCAUAACAAGAUUGAACACUUUCUCUGUGAAAUGCCAGCCUUGGUGAAAAUAGCUAAUGGAAGAACACACGAAGCCAAGAUGUGCAUGUCUAUUUCUUGUGUGUUCACCUUGAUCUUACCUCUUUUGUUAAUACUUGUGUCUUAUGCUCGCAUACUCUACACUAUCCUUGGUAGCCAUUGUAGUAUGGGGAUGCGGAAAGCCAUUUCCACUUGUUCUUCCCACUUGACUGUGGUGACACUCUUUUUUGGAUCAGUCCUUUCAAUAUACUUGAGACCAAAAUCCAGCACAUCAAUGGGGCAAACCAAAAUGGCCUCUGUGUUUUACAUAGUCAUCACCCCUGCACUCAACCCCAUCAUAUACAGUCUGCGAAAUAAGGAGGUGAUGCAGGCCCUGAAGAAAGUGAUACAUAAAGGCAAAGAGAUGAAUUAA